AUGUCCCCUCUCCUCCUGCCUUUCCCCGGUUAUUCUUCCCACCUCGGCUCCUCUGCGAGCCCGGCAGUGGGGUGCCCCAGCGCCCGGCAAGCAACGGGGAACCUGCGAGCCUCGAUUUCCCUCGGGAGCCGAAGCUGCCGAGCGCCCCGGCUCGGCCCGGAUUUCGAACGCAAGGCGGGUAUCGGCGCGUUCGACCCUCCGACCCUUCUCUUGCAGUAUUUGAUGGAAGGCAGCUACAACAAAGUCUUUUUGGCAAAAGGCAACAUCCCUGCGGAGAGCUACACCUUCUUCAUCGAUAUCUUGCUGGACACCAUCCGGGACGAAAUUGCCGGCUGCAUCGAAAAAGCCUAUGAGAAGAUCCUGUUCAACGAGGCCACCAGGAUCCUGUUCUUCAACACCCCCAAGAAGAUGACGGAGUACGCCAAGAAGCGCGGCUGGGUGCUGGGCCCGAACAACUACUACAGCUUCAGCAGCCAGCAGCAGAAGCCGGAGGACACCACCAUCCCCUCGACGGAGUUAGCC